AUGGCGGCCGUAUUUUCAGAUUUGCAUGAGGACUUGUUGGAGUGCAUCUUCAAAUCUCUCAACGGCGACAACCGCACUUUCAAGUCUCUCACCGUCGUCUCAAAGCAGUUUCUCUCCAUCACCAAUCGUGUCCGAUACUCCGUCACAAUCACCGAUGAAACCAUCCCUUUCCUUCCUCGACUCUUCCACCGCUUCCCUAACAUCAUCUCCCUCCACCUUACUCUCCUAUCGAAAAUCCUAGAAGAAGUCGAGGCUCUUCUUACCCUAAUCUCCACUUUCCCUUUACGCAUCACAUCUCUCAAUCUCUCCAACGGUCUCUUCACCAAGCUCAUUCCUGUUCCGGCAAACGGGUUGAUAGCUCUGUCCAAAACUCUGAAAAAUUUAAGAUCUCUCACUCUUUACAGGUUGUUACAUUAUGAGAAGAAGGAUUUGUUCUUGAUCGCCGAUUGUUUUCCUUUACUAGAAGAACUCAAUCUCCGUUAUCCACGGGUGUGUGUUAGCCAAGAUUUUAUAAUAGAUGAUAAUGAUCCAUUAUUGGCACUUCCAAAUCUCCGCAAGAUGGAUUUGUCUGGUAAUCACAUCAAAGAUCCAUUUAUUAACUUUCUCCGCCACAGCUGCAAGGACCAAAUAGGAUUGACUCGUACAGUUUCAUAUUCAGUGUCCUCGUUGGUUGUUUGCCUUGGUUUGUCAUUGUUAACUGAGGUGCUUCUGUUGCCUCGUCUUUAUGAAUCGGUGUUUGAAUUGCUGCAGAGUUCUGGUGAACUAAAGGUUAAUGAGGUUAAAGAACAUCUAAUAAUGGUUGUUUGCCUUGGUUUGUCAUUGUUAACUGAGAUGAUUCUGUUGCCUUGUCUUUAUGAAUCGGUGUUUGAAUUGCCGCAGAGUUCUGGUGAACUAAAGGUUAAUGAGAUUAAAGAACAUCUAAUAAUUUCCUCGUUAAGGAAGCCGGAGCUCGGAUCAGUGGGAUAUCCUUUCACGUGGACUAACGGAAGACAAGGGCAAAGGAAUAUCCAAUGUAGACUCGACAGAGGCUUUGUGAAUUUUGAUUUUCUUAAUUACUUCCCGACUACUGCUGUUCACCAUUUACAACGCUUUGGUUCAGAUCAUGCUGCUUUACGUGUUGAGAUCAUGAGAUAUGCUGAGACGUUUGACGAUCAGAGGAAGUUUAUCUUUCGUUUUGAGGAAGUUUGGUCGAAGGACACAAGUAUUUACUAUGGACACGGGAAAGUGGCUAUGCAUCUUAAAGUCAAUUACGAUGAGUUGCUUAAGGAUUUUGAUAAAAUCACGGAAUCUGCUUUCCUUAUGGUUGUAUUCUUUGUGCUAGCUGUAACUAAGCACAAAUUGAGCUCAAAAUUUGAUCAAGAAAUACAAACCGAAGUCUCGUUGAAGAUACUAGUAUCGUUUUCUUGCGUGGAAUAUUUUUGCAACGUACGCUUGCCAGAGUACAUGGAGACAAUUUGCAAGGUAAUUGCAAGUGUUAACAAGAAUGAGCAUGCUUGUACGUUUUUUGUGAACUCCAUACCCUCUUAUGGUGACUUGACAAAUGGGCCAGACCAGAAAACCAAAUACUUAUGGUCCAAGGAUGAAGUGCAAACAACCCGUGUUUUGUUUUACCUUCGGGUCAUUCCAACUUUGAUUGAGUGUUUUCCCGCCUCGGUAUUCGGAGAAAUGGUAGCUCCAACUAUGUUCUUAUAUAUGGAACAUCUGAAUGGAAAAGUAGCUCGAGCUUCUCACUCUGUCUUCACUGUAUUUAUGUCUAUGGGGAAGGAAUCUAAAAAAAAACGAUGGAGUCUCUUUGAAGGAGAAGCUCGUUUUCCAUUACAUACAAGUAUCCUUAUCGGGAUAUCCUGGCAUUACUCCUUUUGA